GUCCAAAGUCAUGGCCAGCGCAAAAUUGAUCGAUGGUACUGCUCUUGCACAGCAAGUUCGCUCUGAAGUCGCCGAGCGCAUCCAGAGCUUGAAGGCAAAGAGUCCCCGCUUUCAACCUCAGCUGGCCAUUGUUCAGGUCGGCACACGCCCUGACUCUAGCGUGUACGUGCGCAUGAAGGCCAAAGCCGCUGAGGAGGUCGGCAUCAAAUUCCAGCACGUUACUCUCCAUGAGGAGGCAGCCGUAGAGGAGGUUGUCAAGGUGGUUCAAAAACUCAACGCUGAUCCUGGGGUCAGUGGCAUUUUGGUUCAACUUCCCCUCGGUUCGCACGUCGGCUCAGACGGCGAGCGUGUUGUCACCGAAGCGGUCAGUCCUGAGAAGGAUGUCGACGGUUUUAGCGCACACAACAUUGGUCACUUGACUUCUCGUGCCUCGGUUCCUCUCUUCACGCCGUGUACUCCCGCGGGCGUCAUCAAGCUUCUGGACCACGCCGGUGUCCAGAUUGCCGGUGCCAAUACAGUGGUCCUCGGCCGUAGCGAUAUCGUUGGAAACCCCGCUACUGCUUUGCUUAAGAGUCGCCACGCUACCGUUACCCAAUGUCACAGUCAUACCCAGAAUUUGCCGGAAAUUAUCAAGCGAGCAGAUAUCGUCGUUUCGGCUAUUGGAAAGGCUCACUUCGUUCAAGGCUCUUGGUUGAAGCCCGGUGCGGUCGUCAUUGAUGUUGGCACAAACUAUAUCCCUGAUCAGACCAAGAAGUCUGGUCAACGCAUGGUCGGUGAUGUUGAUUUCGAAUCCGCUAAGGAGGUCGUGUCAUUCAUCACACCCGUACCUGGAGGUGUCGGUCCCAUGACCGUCGCUAUGCUCAUGGUCAACACUCUCAAGGCUGCCGAGAGGCAAUGGGAGGAGAUCCGCUCCCGCAAGAUCAAGCCUCUUAAGCUCGACAUUGAGGAGAAGGUUCCUAGCGACAUCGAAGUUGCCAUGGCUCAGACCCCCAAGCCUAUCACGCAGCUUGCUCAUGAAAUUGGUGUCCUCCCGAACGAGCUCGAGAGCUACGGCCCUCACAAGGCCAAAGUGGACCUUAAUGUCCUAGAGCGUCUCAAGCACCGUAAGGAUGGCAAGUACAUCCUGAUUUCUGGUAUCACUCCGACUCCCCUCGGCGAGGGCAAGUCGACCACCACUAUCGGUCUUGCCCAGGCGCUAGGCGCCCACAUGGGCCGUCUCACCUUUGCCAACGUUCGUCAGCCCAGUCAAGGACCAACCUUCGGAAUAAAAGGAGGAGCUGCGGGAGGAGGAUAUAGCCAGGUUAUUCCCAUGGACGAGUUCAACCUUCACCUGACUGGCGACAUCCACGCGGUAACUGCGGCUAAUAACCUCGUUGCUGCCGCUCUCGAUGCCCGUAUGUUCCACGAGGGUACCCAGUCCGACAAGGCUCUGUACAGCCGUCUUGUUCCCACUAAGAAGGGAAAGCGCGAGUUCGCUCCUCUCAUGUUCAAGCGUCUGAAGAAGCUUGGUAUCGACAAGACAGACCCUAACGAGCUGACUCUCGAUGAGAUCAAUCGUUUUGCCCGCCUCGACGUCGACCCCGAGACCAUCACAUGGAACCGUGUCAUUGACACCAACGACCGUUUCCUUCGUCAAAUUACUGUCGGUCAGGCACCCACUGAGAAAGGCUUCGAGCGUGUGACUGGCUUUGACAUCGCCGUCGCCUCCGAAUGUAUGGCUGUCUUGGCUCUGACUACGGACCUGCAAGACAUGCGCGAGAGACUCGGUGCUAUGGUCGUUGCGACCAGCAAGCGCGGCGAGCCUAUCACUUGUGACGACCUUGGUGUCGGCGGUGCUCUCGCCGUCCUCAUGAAGGAUGCCAUCAAGCCUAACCUGAUGCAGACUCUCGAGGGAACGCCCGUUUUUGUCCACGCCGGCCCCUUCGCGAACAUCGCGCACGGCAACUCAUCCAUCCUCGCUGACAAGGUCGCGCUCAAGCUCGCAGGAACCGAGGACGGCGAUGAAUCCGAACGUAUUGGCUAUGUCCUCACAGAGGGAGGCUUCGGCGCCGACAUGGGCAUGGAGAAGUUCUGCAACAUCAAGUGCCGUGUCAGCAACUUGAAGCCGGAUGCUGUCGUAAUUGUCGCCACAACCCGCGCGCUCAAGAUGCACGGUGGCGGCCCGGAGGUUACUCCUGGCAAGCCCCUGCACGAUACGUAUACCAAGGAGGACCUCGUUACUCUCGAGGAGGGCUGCAAAAACUUGAACAAGCAUAUCGAGAACUCGCGCAAGUUCGGCCUUAAGGUCAUCGUUGCUAUCAAUCAGUUCGCCACUGACACUCCUGCUGAGCUAGAACUUGUGCGCCAAAAGUCGCUCGCUGGUGGUGCCGAUGCCGCAGUUGUCAGCAACCACUGGGCUAAGGGCGGUGCCGGCGCUGUCGCUCUCGCGCAGGCGGUUAUUCAGACCUGCGAGGGCUCGUCCAGUUUUAAGUUCCUGUACGAUCUUAACCUGCCAAUCGAGAAGAAGAUCGAGAUCAUCUGCAAGGAGAUCUACGGCGCCGACGGUAUCGAGCUCAGCGAGCAAGCACAGAAGCAAGUCGAGACCUACACUCAGCAGGGCUUCGAUGGGCUUCCAAUCUGCAUGGCCAAGACCCAGUACUCCUUCUCGCACGACCCGAAGCUCAAGAAUGUUGCUACAGGCUUCACUGUACCCAUUCGCUCUGUGCGCCUCUCUGCAGGCGCAGGUUUCCUCUACCCCAUCCUCGGUGACAUGCAGACCAUGCCCGGUCUCGGUACACGCCCCGGUUUCUGGGAGGUCGACCUCGACCCUACGGGCAGGGUCAUUGGUCUCUUCUAGGCGGCCGCAACUCAGACUCCUCGUGCAUCAUGCUAGACUCCAUCUUCACCAGAUGGACUCUAGAACCAGCACGCCGUUCAACAUGGCAAUAGCGCUCGCCCUAUCCACGUUCAGGGCGCGCUGAAGUACCUUUCAACCAGGGAAACCGCUGUUGGGACGUUCAACCGAAAUGAGAUCCCAAGGGAGGCGAAGUGUAGACCUGAUUCGCCCUGCGUAGGGGGUGAAUCCCACGUUACACUGUAAUGUGCUGAGAAUCAUCAUAUCUCAAACGAAAGCCAUGUGUGCCAUAUUACACAUCCGAGGCAAUGACAUAGAGUAUAGAAUAAUACAUGGGUGUGAUAUUACUUACACCCCGGCUGUCUUGGCAGCCUUGCUGCGACCCCAUUUCACACCAAUGUUUUGACUAUCCAUCUCCAGUCCGCUCGACCAAGCUGCUGCUGCUAAUUCUGCAGAUUCACGAUCCUUGAAGUUCACGAAUGCGCACCUCGACUUCGCGACGUGUACUACAGACUUGAUCUGUGUUUGCGGCACAUUUGGCAGUGUCUGUGCAACCUUCGUACGAAUGGUCUCCUCGGUCGCAGAAGCAGGCAGGGUGGUAAGAAACAUGGAUGUAAUAGACUUGUCUUCUGGUAGUGCCAGACCCAUGCUGGUGGCAUGCUGGUUCAGGAUCUUGCGUGCUACAGGAUCAUUUUCGCCAUGAUAUCUGUCCUGAAUAUUUUGUUUUGAAAGCUCGUUCUGCACAGGCAUUUCGUGACGAUACGGGCAUUCACUCCCUCGAUUGCAGUCUCCCUUUACGUAGAACGAGCAGAUGUGUGGUCGGUUCCGCUUGUAAUACGGGUCCGUCCUCGCUAGCUGCUUGAGCAUCUCCUUCCCUGCCGAUGACGCUCUUGUGCCCCCGAGAAGUGACUUAUCGCCGUCAAGCUUGGCCUCCAUGUUCUGUGCAUAGUAUUCACGAUUAACCUCGCUUGUCGGGGCCUCGUUCUGGAUCGCCAGCGCGGUGUCCCGCACCUGUGUCGGCAGGCCGAACUCAAGGUCUAGCAGGCAAGUCUGGCAAACAUUCUUAACCUUGGCACAUGUUUGGCAAAUGACGGUCGUCUUGUAGCGCAUACCAGUGCCGGGGUUCCAGCGGAAGACGGUGAACGGCCGUGCGCAUGUGCCGCAGGAGCGUCCGAAUUCUUGCUUAGACAUACGCACGAAUGCACCGUCCCCCAAGCAAGUUUCACAUAGAAUCGGAAAUUCGCUCUGCUCCCAACCAGCCUUGUUGAUGUCUAACUUUGGCGGCAUGAUGAAUGUCCG